AACUGGUUCCAUCUUUCUAAUCGCCCCUCCCCUCCUUCUCAAACACAUCUACAGCGUGCAGAUUUUACACGAAUUGAAGUAAUCCUGAUAAUAUUCUUGUACACUUCGUACUACAGCCUGUUUCUUGAUAUAUAUAUAUAUAUAUAUAUAUUUCACAUCCGUCUGAACCCGGACUGCCAAACAAAUAGUCGUACAAUAAUCUUUAUAAAAAGAAAAGUAUACCAUGAUUUAAGUGGUGUCCGCCGGGUGGAAUCGCGUUGUCCGGAGUUGUUGGCCACCUACUGUGAUCUCUUACUACGCAAAUCCCCCACUAAUCGUCGCCUUACCCCGGACGAAGUGGAACAUCAGUUGAAAAGUGUCCUUCUGGUGCUGAAGUAUGUGAACAGCAAGGAUAUAUUCAUGCGAGUAUACAAAUCCCAUUUGAUGCGUCGGCUAAUAUUGGAGACUUCCGCAGACAACGAGAUGGAAGAAAUGAUGGUUGAUCGACUGAGAGAUGUGGGCAUGCCAGCGGAACAGGUAAACAAGCUGGGACGCAUGUUCCAGGAUAUCAAACUUUCACACGACUUUACUGUGGCAUUCAAGGAGGCCUACAAAACCUCCAGUGCCCCAGCAACCACCUCACUUGCGUCUAGUUUGAACGUGGAUGUCGUUCAUAUUCUAAUCCUCAGUAGCGGAUCUUGGCUGUUACGAUCUGCGCAAAAAGUUGCUAUUUGCCUUCCUUCCGAAUUGGAGGAUUGUUUACCGGUGAUUGAAGAAUUUUACCGUCAAAAACAUUACGGUCGUAGUUUGGUUUGGCAGCAUCAUCUGUCCCAUGGGAUUGUGUUGUUCACCAGUGAUCAGGGUCGAUUUGAAUUGGAACUGACCACCUACCAGAUUGUGGUAUUGUACGCAUGGAAUAGACGUUUCGACCAAGAUCUGCGUUUGGAUAGCCUUCUCACUGCCACUGGCCUNNCUGCGUCGGACAUUAUGGGUAAGUGGUCGCUCUGUGCGCACCCGAAAAUGGAACAUCAGGUGAUCCUCUACACACCAAAAGUUAAAUCGGACAAGGAGUUCACGGAGAACACGUUGUUCCGGUUAAAUUUAAAUUUUUCCAACGCACGUGCCGGGAAAGCCCAAGCGCGACGAAGAUUUAAUCUGAUCGGCCGAUUGCAAUUGACUCAGGAGCCCUCCAAUGAGGACGAGAGCAUGGCGAUUGUCGAGCUACGACAAUUGCGCGCACAGGAAGGCAUUAUCAAACUGAUGAAGACUCGAAAACGAUUACACCAUAAUGAGUUGUACAAAGAGCUGGUUGAUUUACUUCGUUUCCAGUUUGUCCCAUCCAAACGUCUCAUCAAAGAGGUUCUGGACUGGUUACUCGAACGCCAAUAUAUUCGUCGGGAUGAAUCCGACAUGAACAUAUUUGUCUACGUGACCUAG